AUGUCGUCCUCACUACCGGGGAAUCGCGAACUGCCGGCGUCACGAUACGACCUGGACACGUACUGGGGUCGGGUUCGGCAUACGGUGGGCGUUACGGAUCCUAGCACGCUGCUUGCGGGGAAGAAGGGACUCGAGCAUGCCAAGUCUCUGGUGACAGAGUACAAGACUGGCAAGAGGCAGGAGAUGACGCCGGAGCUCUUCGUCCUGUCCAACCUGAUCGUCACGGCGGGCAUGCUCCAGCCCGGACUGGGCGCCGUGGGCACGGUGGCAUGGCAGGUGGCCAACCAGUCGCUCAACGUGGCCAUCAACAGCUCCAACGCCAACAAGUCGUCCCCGAUGACGACGUCGGACAUGGUCAAGUCGUACUUCGUGGCGGUGGGUGCCUCGUGCUCGGUGGCGCUGGGGCUGAACGCUGCGGUGCCGAAGCUCAAGGUGUCGCAGAACGCGCGCAACGUGCUGGGUCGGCUGGUGCCGUUCGCGGCCGUGGCCACGGCCGGCGCGCUCAACGUGUACCUCAUGCGUAGGGGGGAGAUCGCCACGGGCAUCGACGUACGGCCCGUGCUGUCGGAGGAGCAGAAGGACGCCAUCAAGGCCGAGGGCCGGUCCGAGCGCGACGUGCCCUCCCUGGGCCGCAGCCGGACGGCUGCCAGGCUGGCCGUGGGCGAGACGGCCGCCAGCCGCGUCUUCAACAACAGCCCCAUCAUGAUCCUGCCCGCCCUCGCCCUCUACCACAUCCAGACCAAGCAGGCGUGGUACCGGAGGCUCAUGGGCAGGGCGUGGCUGCAGCACAGGCCCCGGGCCCGCAUGGCCAUCCCCAUCUCCAUCAACCUCGGCCUCAUCGCCGCCACGUCCUUUGUCGCCCUGCCCCUCGCCCUCGCCGUCUUCCCGCAGUACCAGGAGAUCAGCGCCGACAGCCUGGAGCCAGAGUUUCACGGGAAGGGUGGCGUCGGUGGUAAGGUGGUGUUUAACCGUGGUCUGUAG